AUGAAGUUCACUCUGAUCUCCUCUGCCCUCUUCCUGGCUACCGCUGCCAUGGCCGCUGAUGUGCCCGCUGAUGCGAGCUCCAUCGUCUCCGACGUCGAAGGCGUCUACUCAACUGCUGUCGGCGGCGGGCAAUCCAUCGGAUCCGACGUCGCAUCAAAGGCCACCUCUCUUGCGGAAGCCGCGAGCACCAGUGGAGCGGGUCUUAUCUCAUCUGCUCGAAGCGAAGCUUCAUCCCUAGGCUCUGCUGCCGCCAGCGAAGCCAGCUCUAUCAGCUCUGAGGUCACUAGCCGGGUUGUUACCGCAGUUUCAGCUCUCACUACCCAGACCGACUCCACCGGAUCGGCUAUCACUACCGAGUCCACUACUUUGAUUAGCACAUCCACCGGGUCUCCUUCCAGCUCGACCUCCGCCUCUGACAAUGCCGCCUUCGCUCGUCCCACUGCUGUUGGCGCUGUUGCUGCUGGUAUGGCCGGUGUCCUUGGUGUCAUGGUUGCACUGUAA